GCAAAGUUUUAUUUCGUGAAACAAACAGUGAAAAUGUCGAUCGUUCCGAUUUUCUUCCGAAACUGGUGGGACGACGAAUGGGACCGUCCGUUGUGGAACUCGCGGCUUCUCGACCAACAUUUCGGAAGGGGAGUCACUGCCGAUUCCCAAAACCGCCGACUUCAGCAUAGUCAUCCUUCGGGAUGUUACAAGCGCCCGUGGCACAGCUCCUGUGUGGCCAGCAAUCGGGACACCGGCUCGACAGUGAAUGUAAGCAACGAUAAGUUCCAAAUCAAUCUGGACGUGCAGCAUUUCGCUCCGGAGGAGAUCUCGGUUAAGUACGUGGACAAAUCCGUCAUCGUGGAGGGAAAGCACGAGGAGAAACAGGACGAACACGGAUACAUUUCGCGCAAUUUUGUACGUCGCUACAUGUUGCCGGCUGGACACAACGAGACCGAUAUCGCUUCAUCACUCUCAUCGGACGGCAUCCUGACUAUCAGCUGCCCAAGGAAAGAGAUCGAACAGAAACCGGAAAAGAGCAUCCCCAUCACCCAGACUGGACAACCGUCGAAACCAUUGGCCGACAAACCCAGUGAUGAGAAGUCUGCGAGUGCCAUAAGUGCCACGAAUGGCGAGGAGAAAAAAUGA